GAGAGCGGUGUAGUUAGUUUAGCGUUGACUGUUUUAGCUGUUUUAGUCGCGAUAAUCGCGGCGGUUUUGCACUACAUGGAGAAUUCAGCGGAACCUGUGGACUAUAAAGGGAUGGAUGUGGCUGCACUAGAGGAAAACUUCAGACAAAAGAAUAAAAGUUGUUUUAUUCUCGGUGCUUCUGGAGAGACGGGAAAAGCUCUUCUAAAGGAAAUUGUGCAGCGCAAUGUUUUCACCAAAGUUACCCUGAUUGGGCGACGACAGCUGAGCUUUGAGGAUAAAGCUUAUGAAAAUGUGGUGCAAGAAGUGGUGGAUUUUGAGAAGCUGGACGUAUACGCCCAAGCAUUUCAGGGUCACGAUGUUGGAUACUGCUGUCUCGGAACAACCAAAGCAAAAGCUGGAACUGAGGGAUUUAUCCGUGUUGAUCAUGACUACGUACUGAAAUCAGCAGAACUAGCCAAAGCUGGUGGUUGCACACACUUCCACCUGGAGUCAUCUAAAGGAGCUGACAAAACCAGCAGUUUCCUUUAUUUAAAUACCAAGGGCAAAGUGGAAGCAGAUGUAGAGGAGCUAGGCUUUGAGCGAUACUCCAUCUACAGACCUGCAGUGCUCUUGGUGAACAGAGAGGAGAGCAGACCAGCCGAAUGGGUGGCACGCAAAUUUCUCGGAGCGUUCUCCACCGUGUUCCCCACAGCGAUGUCCAUCCCUAUCGCCACCGUGGCUCGAGCCAUGCUGAUCAACACGCUCAUCGAGGGAGAGAGGAAAACCGAGAUCCUUGAAAACAAAGCCAUUAAUAACCUCGGCAAGAUCGGGGAAAAACAUUAAGCUGUGGAUUGUUCAAGUCGCAUGUAUCAAGUACAAAUGUUGCUUUAAUUUAAUACUCCAUUUAAAAGGGAUGUUUGGUGGUUUGGUGAUAUCCUGUACAGAAACUUUAAAUUGUCUUGCAUAAAAUCAUAAGGGAUCUUUCUGUUCAUCUGUGAGCCUUUAACAUGAGGGUUAUGAGUUUUCCCUAAUGGCUAGGGUUCAAUAGAAGGGUUCGUAGAUGCGCAUCCCUCUCAUAUUUCAUUACUUGACCCGGCUGUUUUGUGCAAUUCACUGUAUGACUUAUUUUUAUUUAUUUUUUUGUUUUGUUUUUUUUUUAACUGAUGAACAGAUCUUUUUCCUUGAAUAUCAGUUAAGGUUAAAUUAUUUUUGAGGGAAUUAUAGUUAGAUUAAAUAUGUCUGUACAAUACAUUGCAAAGUCUAUUAAAAAAUGCAUAAUGAAAAAAGAUAUUUACAGUUCUAUAUUUAAAAA